AUAAAACUAGCGUUACUGUUUAUUUAUUCUGAUCCUUAAUUAAAUAUUUGUUUUUAAAGGACUCGUCACAAAUUACCCAAGGCGAUGUUUUCAAAUCAAAAGUAAAAAACUCGGAGAAAUUAAUAAUAAAUUAAAAUGGAAAAUUUGAGCAGUCAGAGACACUGGAUUUUUACAUUUUCUCUUAAAAAUUACUUUAAAAAUUCAAAUUAAUAUGAGUCCUUUAACUACUUAAUGAAUCAGAAAAACAUCUAUACAUUGUAGGGAUUAAGUCAUUUGGAAAACCACUGUUGUUUAUCAUGUCUGUAAAACUUUCCCAACAGUUAACUGACGCAAUAUGCUGAGGUUAUUUGUAUGCCGACAAUAGCCAAAUUAAAUAUACUGAAUGCCUGUUCAUGCUUGCAGCCAUAACUCAUUUCUGUACACAUAUCUUACAAAAGUGAAAAUUCCCAACUUUUUCCAAAAGUGUUGACAAUAUUAAUGUAUAAAGUAUUCUGAGAAAUGCAAUAUUAUUUAAUUUUAUUGCCGUAUAUUUCUGGCAGGGUGCUUGUGUUACACUCUAGACUUGUUGCACCCCCAGGUCCGGGUGAUGGCAUCCCAUUUCCCUACUCAUGUUACAUCUGGGACUGUAGUUAUCUGAGGGGCCCUCGCGGGUACAGCAUGUGCUUUGAGAAUCCACAACAUCCCCCUUCAGAAAAGCCCAUGUUGCCGUUGGAUAGGACAUUAUUAACAGGACAGCGACUUGGCUCACCACCACAUAUGUGUGUCAGUGUGACAGACUAACCUUUUGAUAUACAAGUUUCUGAGUGUCUUGCAGUCCUAACUCUUGCCUGAAUGCCUGUAGAUGUGUGUGUCUCGCUGUGUGUUCUGGUCUGUGUUUCGGUCUGUGUUUGUGUGUUGCUGUCAGUCUUCCCUGGUCUGAUCGCGCCCGUGUCUGAUAGUCCCUGUCCUGUCCUCACACAGCAUAAGCUAAAGUCUUCGCAGAGGGACAAGGUACGGCAGUUCAUGUCCUUCACACAGGCUGGGGAGAAGACAGCUGUGUACUGCCUCACGCAGAAUGACUGGAAACUAGAAGUUGCCACCGACAACUACUUUCAGAAUCCAGACCUCUACUGCAAGGAAUCCAUGAAAACGUCAGUAGACCGGAAAAGGCUCGAGCAGCUCUACAAUCGCUACAAAGAUCCCCAGGAUGAGAAUAAGAUCGGUAUCGAUGGGAUCCAGCAGUUCUGUGACGACCUCUUGCUGGAUCCAGCCAGCAUCUCUGUGCUGGUCGUGGCGUGGAAAUUUCGUGCCGCCACUCAGUGCGAGUUCUCCAAGAAGGAGUUUCUGGAUGGAAUGACAGAGUUGGGGUGUGACAGCCCAGAAAAACUGAAGGCCCUGUUGUCAAGAUUAGAGCAGGAGCUUAAAGACAGUGGGAAGUUUAAGGACUUCUACCAGUUCACCUUUAACUUUGCCAAAAAUCCUGGGCAGAAGGGUCUAGACUUGGAGAUGGCCGUAGCUUACUGGAACCUGGUUCUGUCGGGACGGUUUAAGUUCCUUGAUCUUUGGAACAGAUUCCUCCUGGAACACCAUAAACGAUCCAUCCCAAAGGACACGUGGAAUUUAUUGUUGGACUUUGGUAACAUGAUCGCAGACGAUAUGUCAAACUAUGAUGAGGAAGGAGCGUGGCCGGUCCUUAUAGAUGAUUUUGUGGAAUUCGCUCGACCAAUUGUAACGGGAUCAAAACGUAAAACUCUCUAAAUCCACUCCCAACUCUGGAAAAGCCAGAACCUUGUUUCUUUUACAGUGACUUCAUUGUUUUUUUUAAGACUUGUACAGAAAAAGUGAAAAUUGUAGACGAGAGAGAAAACAGAAGCACUUGAAACUGUCAGGACACCACCUUUCAGGGAGCUGAGUACAAACAUUGAGAACAACUGACCACUUUUUUUUGCCCUCAUGAGACCGGGGCGUCAUCCGGACAUCUGACGGAUUCACCGUUGUCUCUCCGCUGGAUUCUCAGCAUCCUGAAUGCCUCUGCUCGGCUCCAGGAGGAGCGCAGCCCUGUAUGAGGGGAUGGACACAGCGCUGAGGAGCUUCACUGGCUGUGUGCACUCUAAAGGGACUGGAGAGGAGGAAACUGUGUGUGUUACGCUUUAUUUUGUUAUAUGAAGCUCUGAGCAACUGUGCAAAGUUCCCAUGUCUUACUCUAACUCUGAGUGCUCGCGACACCAGCACCAACAGAACUGUUGCAGUUUUUACUGUACAUACUGUAUCUAUUGGGACAGUUUACAAAGAGAGCUAUAUGAAGAAUAAUAUAAAUACUUUCAAUUUAUAAAUGCAAAAGAUGAUUCUUUUAUGUACAGUCAAUGCUUAGAUCUCUAACGGGAUGCCUCGAUAUCGUGGAUGAUACGCUGUUGGUUUAAGUGUUCGGUGGAUCUGUCAUGGAGUUGUGAGCUUCUCGUUGAAAGCAUGUUAAACACAUUUUACGUCACCACGAACUGGUUUCACAAAUACAUUUUCACUAAAGUAAAGGCAGUGCUUUAAUUUAGCUAACUGAGUUUGGUUCGUGGUUUUCAUUUGUCAGGUUAAUGUCAGUUGGGAGUAUUACAUCUUACAUGUGACACAGUCCACAUACAGCAGCAAACUUAUGUUUUCAAAAGAUUACUGUUGAGGAAAUGUUCUUUUUGUAUCCCUGAGGCAGUAAUGAUGCUAAAAUUACUAUUCAGAAGCAUUUAUGUGAAAUAUAAAGUGAAGAACUGACAAACCCGUAGGAUAGCAUGGCACAUAUCCGUAUGUUAUGGCAGUGCUCAGUUCAGAAGCCAGGACGUUAAAGACGGGACGACAAAGUAAGCCUUAAGAAUAAAUAUCUGUCUGUUCAAUAUUUAUAUUUCUGUUCGAGCCCAUCUGUCCAGUGUUACUGACGGUAGUGAAAAUUAGAAUAUAUUGUUAAAACAUCAUGUAAGUAUAUUGUUCAUUUGAGAAAGAUGAAUAAAGCAUGAGCUUUUCCAUAAUCAUACAUGCAAAAAGUUAUUUUGUUGAUGAGACACAUUUUAUAUCCCACAACAGUACAGCUGCUUAGACAGGAUUGUGUAUUUGUUAUGAUUGACAAUGUAAAAAAGAUUUAUAACCAUACUGAUCUGAAAGCUUUAAUAUUACAUUUUUCAGAAUAAUCCUCCAUGUUGUUGAUUGUUAAUAAUAAACAAUAUUUAACAAGA